GCGAAUUGCGAUUCAAGCCUUGGCAGUGGCACGAUUUGCGAAUGCAUCGCACUUGAGCGGAAAUGUACCGCGAUGCACACAGUCUCAUUGGCAAAAGGCGAGAGCAAAUAAUUUAUUCGCAGUGUGAGAUUUUCGCAACUGCGGUGCUCGCAGUCAUCACUUGCUGUGUGCCAACAAUUAAUUAUUCCCUGACCAGCAGCCGCCGUGUCUCUCUCUCUCUCUCUCUCUCUCUUAUAAAGCAAGUAGUUUCAUCUAGCGACAAGCAGUCUGGCUCGAUCGUUCCUCGGGGCGGAGAGCAAUAAAAAAAGACAGAGCACUGCCUUUAGAAAGUGGCCCGCGAUUGGCUGACCUGGAAACUUAUUUGCAUACAAUUUUGCUCGAGGGGUGGUGUAAAUUUUCGAGAUCAAAGGUCCUUAUCGCCAGAUCUGGAGACGACAGAGAUGGAAGACGGGGUUGAGAUUUUGGUGCCGAGCGCAAGCGAUGUGAUGUACAAAUACACGUGGACCAUUAAGAAAUUCGGGCACAACUGCCGCAAGAGACACAGCCCUGUGUUCGACAGCGAGGCCUUCGAACUCAAUGUGAACGGCCUGCGAACCCGGUGGAACCUCAGCAUCCGCUUCUGGACCGGCAUGGACGGUUCGCGGCUCAUGAGCCCCGUGGUCGCCUGUCUCAACCUUCUGAGGUGCUGGCCCGAAGACAUUGCCGGCACGCAAGCCACUGUCCACUUCCAGUUUGGCGUCCUCUGCAGACAGACCGGCCGCUUUGACACAACUCCGCUGGCCAGAUGCAUCGUGUCGCUGGGAGCAACCAAAAAUAUCGUCUCGGUCGGACACCAAGACGUGGAAAUCACGGAGAAACACAUGCUCUCCCAAUCGGGGGACGUCCGUCUAGUCUGUAAAGUGCAGGUUGUUCCUACGGGGAGCAACGAUGAGCAGCACAGUCUGUCUCAGGACAUGGGUUCUCUGCUGUGCAGCUCGGAAGACGACCUUGCCCCGGCGGAACUGCCCUGGGCCAAGGGCGACAUCAAACUGCGCGCGGCCGGCGGCGUGCUCUUCCCGGCGCACUGCUGCAUUUUGGGCGCGCGCUCUCCGCGCCUCGCGGGCAUGAUUUCCGAGAUGGAGCUGCCCACCAAGCCGGCAGAGACGCCGAUUCUGGACCUGAGCGACCUGACCGCGGAGAACCUGCAGGAGAUCCUGAGGUACAUCUACACGGGGCGCGUGGACAACCUGGACUCGGUGGCCGCCUCGCUGCUGGCGGCCGGCGUCAAGUACGAGCUGCCUGGCCUCACGUGCCUGUGCGAGAGGGCGCUACUGGACACGAUGGACGCGGAAAGCGUGGCCGCCAGGUUGCUGCUGGCCGACGAGUUCAACUGCGAGACCCUGAAGAGAGGCGCCCUGGCCUUCAUCGAGGGGCACGCCGGCAGGAUGCCCAAGAACAUGGCGUGGUCGGUCAUGGAGAUGGUGCGGCCGGAGCUGUUCCAAGAGGCGUGCGAGGCCGGCAUUGGAGACUCGGCGUCCAGCUUUGCCAGCUCUCUCAGCGAGGCCGGCAGCAACUCUCGUUGAAACGCCACACUCCCACAUGAUGACGUCAAAGCAAAUGUGAUUGGAUUUAUUUUAUUUCAGUAUCAAAAAGAGCAGGGUGUGUUCUUCCGUUUUCAAAUUCCAAGGGGUUUUAUAUUUUAUUGCUUUCAUGGUCGAUGCGUAUUAUCACCUGCAUUUCUAGAUGGACAUUUCAGUUCAGUAGCUGCAAAUCGUACUGUUGACAAGUCUUGUAAAUUUCCUAAAAAUAUAAAGAUAUAAAUAUCAAACUCUCAUUUCCCGUUGAAGAUGUUUAAAAAGAGAGUACUAACUUUUUAUUUUAGCUCUCAGCAUUUAGCACAUAAUUUAAUUACUUCCAGAGUUGAUGGCUAAUGUAUAUCAAGAUCGCAUUAUUCCAAAAAUGUUCUGCUGUGCCAUGUAUUUAACCAAGAAAAAAAAGGAAAAUAAUACACACUCUGUAUAUUCGUGAUGUGAACAUUGUUUUAAACUAUUCAACUUGAAGGCUUUGUUGUUCUGGUUUUCUCUUUAUCACAUGUUGUGUGAAUGGAUUUUUGAAAGAAAUCAUGAUUUUAAGUGAGCGAAUGUGUGCACCUUUGUGACACAGUGCAGAUCACUUAAGUUUGUAAGAGCUCUUUGUUGCCAAAUAAAAAGGUAAAUUGCAAAUCUUUA